CCUGCCCGUUUCCUUCCCCAGCGAGCCCUCCAUUGGCAGCACCGGUGAGCUUUAGUGAACAGGUGAGCUUGGCGCGGGAGAGAAGUCACUGCGGACGCGUUGGAGGACAGGCUGUGCAGGAGAAAUUGCACUUGCCAGUCUUUGACGCCCUCCUUGGCUUUGUCUUUGGACACCAUGGGACUGGAAACAAAGCCCCAUGUGGUCGCCCACCCUUACUGGCCUCGAAAUCUGAAGCUCCCGCAUUACAUCCCGAAUGACCGUCCCAUGUGGCAGAUCUUGGCUUUCCUCUUCUCCAUCUCAGGGCUCCUCCUGAUAGUGACUUGGUCGGUGGCCGGCUGGCGCAGCCGGAAAGCCUCCCCUUUGGGAACUUGGCGCUCCUUGGCGGUCUGCUGGUUUGCCAUCUGCGGCUUCAUUCACGGUGUCAUUGAGGGCUGGUUUAGCCUCUACCACAUGGAAAUCCCUGGAGACCAGUCCUUCCUCUCCCAGCUAUGGAAAGAGUAUGCAAAAGGUGACAGCAGAUACGUCAUAGCCGACAACUUCACAGUUUGCAUGGAGACGAUCACAGCUUUUGCCUGGGGCCCUCUCAGUCUUUGGACCGUGCUGGCUUUUCUUUCACGCCAACCGUACCGAUUUGUGCUGCAACUGGUGGUGUCUUUAGGCCAGCUGUAUGGAGAUGUUCUCUAUUUCUACACUGAGUACCGGGAUGGUUUCCGACACAGCGAAAUGUGGCACCCGAUUUAUUUCUGGUUUUAUUUUGUCUUCAUGAAUGCACUCUGGAUCAUCAUCCCCUCUGUUCUCAUUUUGGAUGCUUGGAAACACCUUAGCGCUUCCCAGAGGAUAAUGGAUGCUGGAAAGUUCAAGAAACACUGAUCACGCUGCUUCUUGCAGGAUCGGGAUAUGGAGUAUUGUUCCUUUUGGGCAGUAUUAUAUUCAUUCAGUGGGUUGGUUAGCUGUUUCCAGCUCCAUGUCUAGGUUUGUCUCCUCUCAUUCCUUAAACCCCUCAAAGGUCCUAUGCCAAGAUAUAACUAGAACCAGUUCUGAGGAACAGCACCAUCUAUGGCAGUUUUUCCCCACUGCUGCCUUAACAUGUAGCCCCAAAGUAGGGAUGGGCAACUGUGGCUCUAGAUGUCAUUCAGUUACAAUACAUGUCCAUAUUACAUUGUGGGUUGAUCAGAUGUGUUUAUUUUGGUUUGCUAAAACAACCCAAAAUGAUUCUUGGAGCCUUAGCUCCAGAAACUGUGAACAAAAUAUUUUAAGUCAUAGUAGGUAAUGUGUAGCCCUUUAGCAGUUGUGGGUCUGAAGAUGCUUAUUAGCUCUAUCCCACACAGAAAAUAGUGAAUGUUAACUGUCCAUUGUCCCCCUCUCCAAGAGUGCAGCCCUAACAGGAGCUACUGGGGAGUAAACAUCCUGAAGUAUGUGGUUUUAUUUCUAAGUAAAUAAACAUAUAAUAAGGAUGCCUUUUUGUGCCACUUGGGCUCAAACUUGGUGUUCUGGAGGAUGCAUAUGAAGCUCUGUUUCCCUCCUAGUUUUAAAGCCACGUCUCUUAGGCAUGUGCAACUAUGGUUCUAAAUGGUUCUAAAGUACUUACAAAACUAAAGUUCUGGUGGUGAAAACUAGGGGGCGCUGGUGCUUUGCUUCUACAGUGUUGCUAAAGUUCUGGUGGUGAAAAUGUUAGAACUCUUACAAAACUUUCAAAAUUUCAUUAUUAUUUCAUUAUUGCUGAUUUUUAUGACAGAACCUAUUAGGAACUGUCAUUUUUAAUGAAAUUUUGAAAGUCGUGUUAGAGUUCUGAAAGUUUCACCACCGGAACUUUAGCAGCACUGUUGAAACAAAGCACCAGCGCCCCCUAGUUUUCACCACCAGAACUUUGUAAGUACUUUAGAAACAUUUAGAACAAUGGUUGCAAAUGCCUAAAUUGUCUCAAAACUAAAAGGGAGCACAUGAAUCUUAUCUCAUAGCACUGCUGCCUUAGAUCAGUGAUAUUGGAAGUUUCAUGGAAGGUUUUCUGCAUUUAUCCUGGUCACAAAUUAAAAGGAACUCAAGCUAGAAGGACACCAGCUGUUCAUUACUCUCGGCAAUGGAGGUUCAGAUGGUUGUCUUGCAGUUUAUGAUCUUACUCCAGCAAAGUGAUCAGUCCAUGCUUGGGGCAGACCCAGCAGAUACUCUUUGGCAAUGAACACUGUUCAGAUGAAAUGAGGAAAGGACAUAUAGAAUCUGGAUGGCUGAGUUCUACUCUCUUGGAUCUGUGAAGGAUGGGUAGAUAAUGGUGCGGUCUAGGUAUUUAUUUAGCCAUCCAUAACAUACUUGGAUUGUCUUUUUAGAUCCCUUCAAAUGUGUUUCCCAUUUGCUACUGAACGCUUUCAGCAGCACAGCUCAUUCCCGUUACCCAUGACUUGAAUGUUUUCCAUCUUCCACUAGAUCAGUCAUUUAUAUGUGGAAAUGUGAUCUUUUUUUAAAAAAAAAUAAACGAUACAAAACUG